GUGAUGUGAUGUCGCUUCUCUUCUGCAAUUGAAGACUUCAGCAUCACGAUGCUUGCUGUUCUCGUGACUCUCAUCACAGCGGCAGCAGCCAUCAGCAACCAUGCCACUGCUGGCAUCGAGGCACUGGUCAAGCGACGCCUUCCUCGCCAUGUCGAUGGCUUCUCUUUUUCCAUCGACCCUUCCUACCCGAGCGCAUCGUCCUCGACACCUCCCAACGACCGAUAUACAGUAGCAAAUGGAGACAAUGGCACCAUCUGCAUUUCAGGCAAUUCGCCAAUCGCCCUUGCAAGUGCACUUCGCUGGUACUUGGUCAACGCCAUGCACGUGGAUCUCUACUGGUUCGUCGGGAGCAACUUUGACCUCGCACCAGAAGCAUUGCCACCACUCAAGUCCACCUAUCAUGGCUCCUCGAUCGUGCCCUACCGCUAUCACUUCAACACAGUGACAUUCAGCUACACUGCCGCUUUCUGGAGCUGGGAGGAAUGGGAACAGCAGCUCGAUUGGAUGGCUCUCCGCGGCAUCAAUCUUCCUUUGGCCUGGGUCGGGUUCGAAAAGCUGCUUCAAGACGUAUUCCUCGGCGCCGGCUUUACCAAUGCUGAAAUCGGCACGUUCCUCAGUGGCCCAGCUUUCCAAGCCUGGAACAGAUUCGGCAACAUCCAAGGUUCUUGGGGAGGAGACUUGCCACAGAGCUGGAUCGACCAUCAAUUUGAACUUAACAAGAAGAUUGUCGCUCGCAUGGUAGAGCUCGGAAUGACACCAGUGUUGCCAUGCUUUACGGGCUUCGUGCCCACACAAAUCAGCAGGCUGUAUCCGAACGCUUCAUUUGUCAAUGGAUCCAGAUGGAACGGCUUCCAGGCAGAGUACACUAAUGUUACAUUCCUGGAGCCAUUUGAUCCACUGUUUACCACGCUACAGAAAAGCUUCAUCUCCAAACAGAUCGAAGCAUAUGGGAAUGUUUCAAGUAUAUACACAUUGGAUCAAUACAACGAGAAUGACCCAUUUUCAGGCGAGCUUGCCUAUUUGAAAAAUGUCACUUCAAACACCAUCAAGAGUCUCAAGGCUGCAGAUCCGGAAGCGAUAUGGUUCAUUCAAGGAUGGCUAUUCUAUAGCUCGGCUGACUUUUGGACUGAUGAGCGAGUCGAAGCAUAUCUGGGAGGCGUUGCAAACGAGGACAUGUUGAUUCUGGACUUGUUCUCCGAGUCACAGCCUCAGUGGCAGAGAACAAAUUCCUACUUUGGCAAGCCCUGGAUAUGGUGUCAACUGCACGACUAUGGUGGCAACCAAGGACUUCACGGUCAAGUCGAAAACGUGACCAUCAACCCAGUGCAGGCGUUAGCAAACAAGACUAGCACAAUGGUCGGUAUGGGCUCGACCAUGGAAGGCCAAGAAGGCAACGAGAUCAUCUACGAUAUUCUCCUUGACCAAGCCUGGUCAAAAGAACCAAUCGAUAGCGACAGCUACUUUCACGAUUGGGUCACCUCACGCUACGCUGGAUCUAAGCUCCCCAGCGGACUUUACACUGCCUGGGAUGUCAUGCGUCAGACAGUGUACAACAGCACUGACAUCGAGGCCGCUGAGGCCGUCACCAAAUCCAUAUUUGAACUAGAACCAAAUACUACUGGACUUCUCAAUAGAAGAGGUCAUCACUCGACUCUGAUACUGUACGACCCGAAUGUGCUGGUAAGCGCCUGGAACGACCUCUACAAUGCUUCAAAUGACGACAUCCAGCUCUGGGACGUAAAAGCCUAUCAAUUCGAUCUAGUCGACACAACCAGACAGGUUCUUGCCAAUGCAUUUUAUCCGCUCUACACCGACUUUGUGCACUCUGCCAACAAAUCAGUACAAGGCACUUACUCUCCGACCAAGGCCGAGGAGAAGGGAAAAGAAAUGAUUAUGCUCCUCAAAGAUCUCGACUCCGUCCUGGAAGCGAGCGGCAAUGCUCACUUCAAGCUGUCGUCCUGGAUUGAAUCCGCUCGGCUCUGGGCUCCUGCUGAAGAUUACGCAGACGACAAGAACACCACUGCAAAAAUCGCGGACUUCUAUGAAUACACCGCUCGUAACCAGAUAACUUUAUGGGGUCCAAAUGGCGAGAUCAGUGAUUAUGCAUCGAAGCAAUGGGCUGGUCUGAUCAGGAGCUACUAUGUGCCACGAUGGCAGCGCUUCGUCGACUUUACACUAAAUAGCACUACAUCGAUGAACGGCGAGAACGGUGCGUUGAAGGCUAGUCUUACGGCUUUUGAGCUUGCGUGGCAGCUUGAGACUUCGACAGCACCGCAUGCGAGCACAUACUCGCAAUCUGAUGGCGGCAAUCUGAAGGAUACCAUUGCAAGAGUGGUAACAGCAUGGCCCAAUGUGUUCAAGCCUUAG